AUUUUCCGCAUCAGAACACUGCGCGCCGACACAUUCGUAAAGCCGUCGUAACCCAAUCUUGCAGCGACGGUGAUGUCCGGCCCGUUUGCGCGCAAGGCGCUGUCGCCGCCGGCGUUGCCAGCAAACCAUAACAAUGGCAUCUACAGAAGCAUUCGUAUCCGGCACCCGGCGUAUCUGAACUCGGCGCCCGACCUGCUCCUGCUAAGUGCGACCGAUGGCGACGACUGGAACGGGCUCGACUUCGACGUCGCGAGGGCCGCAUGCUCCAUCGUUACAACCGUAGGCUGGGACAAGGGGGUUUUCGCGGUCCAGUCCGAUGCGAGUUCGGGUGCCCUCUCCGCCGUCGAGCGCCCGGCCGAUGGCAUCUUGCGCGAAAGCGUGUACUUCUGGUGUCGUCUUUCAGACGGGGCCAUUGAUCCGGACGUUCGCACAGACAAGUACCCAGUUCACGCAUCCUUUCACCAUUGGCGGUUUCCACACUCCGAUCUCCCCGAGCCAUGGCGCAGCGUCGCGUUGCCCGAUAAUAUCCACCCGACGAAUUCCAUUCCGUUGGCAGGAAAACAGGCCGCGGUCGCGCGUGAUGGCAGCUGCCGUAUCACCGGUUUCAUAGACGCCUGCGAAACGGCGCAUGUGAUACCUUACAGCGAAAGGAAUUGGUUCACUUCGAACCAAAUGAUCCAAUAUGUCCUGGAACCCAUGGCACAUCUCCCGAUUGACGACGAGAGAAACCUUAUCCUUCUGCGCAGGGAUUUGCAUUUUCUAUUCGACCGCAGUCGCUAUGUAUUCGUCCCCAAGAGGUCGCCACCACUACCAUCCGCCUCUUCCCAACCGCCGUCGCUAGCGAUUGCAGUCCACGUCCUUCAGCCGAAGCGCUCCAUCCAGCUCGUUCAUACGUACCACAACUGCCUAACCCAGCCUCUCCGUGGCCUUUCUCCGGAGAUGCUUUUCGCCCGGUUCGCUUGGGCAUUGUUCCAUGAAGAAAUUGUCCCUUUUUUCAAAUAUGAUGGAGAGGUUGUGGUGCGAACCUGGGACAAAGCAACUGACUGUGUCAAAGAUAACACGUUGCGUGCGAAUGCGGUAGCCCGCAUAGCCCGGGUAUUUGAGCCGGCGGGUACCAGAAGCCGGAGCGAUAGUCUCAGAAAAAGGGCACUGUCAUCCCGAGACAGGGAAUCUCAAGACAGGGACUUGUGUGACGAGUUAGACCCGGAUUGGGAUGAAGAAGACGGUUGGGAUUCUGAAGGGAACUAUGAGGAAGAGGCUGCCGAUCAGUGGCUUCGCGGUCGCCGCCGCUUCCGGAGCCCCCCGACACAUUCGCAUCAGGUGUCGAGGAACGCUGGAGAGCCUCCCAGCCUAGUCGGUUCCUUGGCGUCGACCGUGUCUAUCGCCUCGCACGCUCCUGCGUUUGUGGAAAGUGCUGAAGACGCACAUAUACCGACAAGGAAGCGCAGUCGUGAGUGUUACGGCCAAGGCAGUUGCGGGGGCCGGGGAAAGGCGGCCAGGACGGAAGAGCUGUAAAACAAGAUCCCUUCUCAAAUCAAGUGCACCAUGGGGCUUAAAUAAGCCACCUCGAGAGUAAUCUGUUUGGUUUCGAGCAAAUCACACAGACCAACUUGGAUAUGGCAGGACCAGAAGGAUAUAGCCAGCCAUGUUCCAGAGCGUGGUCGUGGCGACUGACCAUGUUCUUCCAGCAGUGGGCUGGCAUCAACACAAUUUUCAGCCAGCUCGGGCUGUGCGAGACAGAAAUCAGUUUUUUGGCCACGGGUGUGGUGGGCGUUAUGCAGGAGGCCCGUCCUGGGAGUUGGAGCCAUUGGCAUGGGCGCUUGCCACAUUAUUAUCGCCGUUAUCCUUGCCAAGAAUAUCGGCCGGCUUGGCGAGGAGCCUGUUGUUGGCUGGGCCGCCGUGGUUAUGGUGUGCUUGUUUGUCGUGUAUUUUAAAUGUGAGACGUCCAGUCCAGACGUUUUUGUGCUAGCCGAAGUGUGGCCCCUGAGCGGCCGUAUGGCGUCUCUUUGGUGGCAUCGAGUAACUGGAUGCGAGUCUUGGCCUGACGUCGUGAUUCACCAUGCUCCAGAGCCUUGCGGCCACUUCUCCAACGUUUGUCCUCCUUCUCAAAAACAAUAUUACGGACCGGCACAACGGAAUCACGUAAUUUACCAGGGGAACCUUGAAAUCAAAGAUGGAAUGGGAAAAAGGGAAUUUGUAAAAUGCAAUGCUUGUG